AUGGGCAGCGAGGAGAAGCAACUUAAAUUAGCGUCUCGAGUUGGGAUAAUUGGGGCCGGCGUUAGUGGCAUUGCUGCUGCUAAACAACUCUCCGGCUACAGCCCUGUGGUUUUUGAGGCCACCGAUUCAAUCGGCGGUGUCUGGAAACACUGCUCUUAUGCUUCGACGAAACUACAAACCCCUCGGUGUGAUUACGAGUUUUCCGAUUACCCAUGGCCGCAAAGAGAUAACUCAUCUUUUCCUUCGCACGUGGAGGUUUUGGAGUACUUGCAUGGCUACGCAACACAUUUCGAUGUGUUGAAGUUGAUCAAGUUCAACUCAAGGGUGACGGAAAUUCGGUACGUUGGUGACCAUUCUGAAGACAGCGCAGAGUACGGGCCUCUGCUAAGAGGUCGUCCUGUUUGGGAGGUUGCUGUAGAGGAUACCCCAUCCAAGCUUGUUCAGUGGUAUGCUUUGGAGUUUCUUGUCGUAUGCAUCGGAAAAUAUGGAGACAUAGCAAGAAGACCAACUUUUCCAGGCAACAAAGGUCAAGAAAUAUUUCAUGGGAAGGUCUUACAUUCCCUUGAUUAUUCUAAGCUUAACAAAGAAGCUGCUCGUUCUCUACUCAAAGGAAAGAAGGUGGCUGUUGUUGGCUACAAAAAGUCAGCUAUUGAUUUAUGUAUGGAGUGUGCAGAGGCAAACCAUGGACCUGACGGGCAACCCUGCACAAUGGUGAUAAGAAGUUUACAUUGGACCCUUCCAUCUUACUGGAUUUGGGGACUCCCAUUUUUCUUGUUUUAUUCAACAAGGUCCUCUCAGCUUCUCCAUGAAAGGCCCAACCAAAACUUGUUCAGGACCCUGUUUUUAUCUCUUCUAUCUCCAAUGAGAAAAGCAGUUUCCAAGUUCAUAGAGUCAUACUUGGUGUGGAAGCUUCCCUUAGUGAAGUAUGGACUGAAACCAGAGCAUCCAUUUGUGGAGGACUAUGCUUCCUGCCAGAUGGCCAUGUUGCCUGAAAAUUUCUUCUCAGAGGCAGACAAAGGAAACAUAGUGUUUAGAAAAGCAUCAAGGUGGUGGUUUUGGAGUGGGGGGAUUGAAUUUGAAGACAACACCAGAUUGGAGGCUGAUGUUGUGAUUCUUGCUACUGGUUUUGAUGGCAAGAAAAAGCUUCAGGCUUUGCUUCCUCAGCCCUUCAACAAUCUCAUGGUGGACUCCUCUGGGAUCAUGCCCUUGUACAGGGGCACUAUCCAUCCAUUGAUUCCCAACAUGGCAUUUGUGGGGUAUGUUGAGAGUGUUUCUAAUCUGCACACGGCGGAGAUACGGUGCAAGUGGCUUGCCAGGCUGGCUGAUGACUUGUUCAAGCUUCCAAGUGUUGAGAAGAUGCUUGAACAAACAUCCAAAGAGAUCCAAGUCAUGAAAAGGACAACCCGAUUCUACAAGAGACAUUGCAUUUCCACCUUCAGCAUCAACCACAGUGAUGAGAUUUGUGAGGAGAUGGGGUGGAGUUCUUGGAGGAAGAAGAGUUGGCUUUCGGAAGUUUUUAGCCCGUAUAACAGCCAAGACUAUGCAUGA